AUGGAAAGAGAAGUAAAUAAUCGUUUUAAUGCGAUGGUUAUUGGUAUUGUUAAUAAUACAAAGUGUUUUAAAUUUGUUGCAAGGAAGUGUGCAAUUGUAAAUGAAAAAGAUCAAGAAUUUAAACUUGCAACAUUUUCUUGGAAUGAUAAUGAUGUAUUUGGGUGUGGAUUAGUUUACCCACCAACUAAUAAAAUAACCAAUAAAUUUCCUUAUUUUUUCUUCACCCAAAAUGGGAAACAAAUUGGGAAAGCUUUAUUAUCAAAAGACAAUUUUAAUUAUUGUACGCCAUAUAUUGUAUUAAGAUGUUGCUCUGUAGAAACGAACUUUGGAACUAAUUUGGAGACAAAUCCUUUUAUUUAUAACAUUUCUAAACAUUUUGUUUGUAAGGAAUUUUAUUGA